AUGAAUGAUAAUAAAUUUUUACCGAAAUUAUCUCAAAAUUUACUUGACAUUUUAAAUGAUGAAGAAUAUUAUGAUGUUACUAUUGAAGUUGGUAAUGACCCUUACAUAAAGAUAUUUCAUGCUCAUAUGGUUAUCCUACAUUAUCGUUCCACGUAUCUACGAAGAAUGUUGUCAACAAAUAAAAAGAAUAAUGAUGGGACUUUGGUUCAUAUAAAAUUAUCAAAUAUUUUACCUGAGACUUUUCAAAUAAUCUUAAGAUAUAUUUAUAGUGGAAGAAUUUCCUUGGAGGAAUAUGAUACUUCUGAUAUAAUUUACGUCUUGUGUGCUGCGAAUGAAUUCGGUCUCAAAGAACUAAUCGUUGAUAUACAAUCCUUUUUGGUUAAAACUAAAGCAGAUUGGAUGGAAUCAAAUUUUAAUUUGAUAUAUCAAACGAGCUUUGAGAAUGAUUCUUUCUUGGAACUUCAGAAAUUUUGUACUGAUUUAACGUCUAAAGAGCCGGAUAAAAUAUUCAAAUCACCAAAUUUUUCUUCAAUUUCAGAAAAUCUUUUAGUUUCACUUAUUCAAAGUGAUAAUCUUCAAAUGAGUGAAAUUCAAGUAUGGGAACAUGUGCUAAAAUGGGGGAAUUGCUCAAAGUCCUGA